UCAUUUUAAUUUUGUCAAAUGAAUAAAUAGGUAAUCAAAUUUUACUUCCUUACUCAAUAUUUCAUUUAACAUACACAUUUUUACUUAUAUCAAUUCCAUACUAAGACCAAAUGAAGGUAAGCAACACAAAUCAAGAGCACAAGAUAAGGGGCAACACAAGACCAGCGUGUAGUGGCAGACAGCAGCUGGCCCUGUGACACCCAGCACUCAGCAGUACAGUACCAGGGAGCAGUGCCACGAGCCCCGACCGCCUGCGGCUGUAUCCUGUAGUGCCAGUGCCGCAGGAGUAGGUGAAGCACAGAAGACUUAGAGAAUACCAGACAGGAUGCGGCAAGAAGCACAAGCCAUCGUCCUCGCCGCCGGGCCAGGGAUGAGGAUGACGUCCCUUACCAGCCACACCCCCAAGUGCUUGCUGCCCCUGGGGACUCUACCCAUGCUCUGCUAUCCCCUCCAUCUCCUCCAGCAGGCCGGCUUCUCAGAGGUGAGUGUGGUGGUGAGUGAGGGGCAGGAGCAGCGGGUGAGCAAGGUGGUGGAGCAGUACGGGCUGAAGGUGGACCUGGAUGUGGCGGUGGUCAGCACGGCACACGACCCAGGCACUGCUGACUCCCUGCGCCACAUUGCCUCAAAGAUAAAGAGGAGUGUGGAGGACGUGGUGGUGAUCUCAAGUGACCUGGUGACCAAUGUGGUGCUGCAGGAUGUCAUGGAUCAGCACAGGACUCGUGGUGCUGACCUCACCAUGCUGACCUCCCCCACCCCCUCCCUUCCAACCACUCCCCCAGGCCCUAAGACUAAGGCUAAUCUCAACAGCGACAUCAUCUGCACAGAGGCAGGGUCAGGGCGGGUGGUGUAUGCGGUGGCAGGGGGUGACUAUGACGAGAGUGUGAUCCUGCCGAGCGCCCUGCUGAGCUGUGCCGCCCCUCUGCACCUCUCGGCCACACAGGAUGCCCACCUCUAUGUCAUCAAACGUUGGCUGCUCGACUACGCACUGAAUAAAGAGUCUCCUAGUGCGGAUAUGGGGUCCCUCAAGGCGGAGAUCCUGCCCUACAUUGUGUCCUGCCAGUUUGCCGACCCCUCCUCCAACGGCAAGACUGAGUUAUCCGGAAUGGUGGAGAGGGAGGAAUGGGAUGCCCUGGUUAGGAAGUACAAUAGCAGUGUGGUUCCCUCCCGGCACCACACCCUGGCACUCCCCCAGCCCCCAGUGUGCCUCACCUAUCACCACCCGGUGUGUGUGCGCGCCAACACCCUGCACACUUACUGGUAUCUCAAUUGUAAGAUUAAUGAGCUGUUUGAUCAAGUCUACCCUAACUCAAAGUGGCAGCUGAGGCACCCAACUGCUGAAAUCCACGAACGCACAGAGGUGAGUGAGGACAGUGUGGUUGGUGGCGGCGCUGCGGUAUGUGAGAAGACCAACAUUGCCAGCAGCGUGGUGGGGAAUCAUUGCCGAGUCAGCCCCAUGGUGCGCCUCUCUGCCUCGGUGCUGGGGGACUACGUGACACUUGCUUCAGGGUGUGUGAUAGAGAAUAGCCUCAUCCUGGCCAGCGUGGAGAAGAAAUGUGUCAUCAAGAACUGCAUUGUCACCGACCCUAACAAGAUUGAGGAAGGCAAGACGUACAGUGGGGAGGUGCUGGAGGCGACACAGGACUUUGCCUAACCUCUACUGCUUCCCGCCCUCACCCUGCAAGGCUGCCUCUGUCACCCGCAUCAUGCCUCGGUGUUCCUCGAAGAUUGGGGAUUAUAGUUGAAGUGACACAAUUCUGGGCUCCCGGGAUUAUAUGAUGAUUUUUCUCUUUGUUUUUUAAUAAAGAAUUCUAAAUGUU